UGACACCGCACGAUGAUCCGGGGCCCCGCCGAGCCCCGUGGACUCUGAGGCCCGCACAGAAAUCCACCUUGCACCGGCGAAAAGGAUCCGCACUGACCGUGUCGCUUCCAGCAGCAGCAGCAGCCAGCAGCAGGAGACGGAAUGUCAAGUAGCCCCGAAGAAAGUCACUCCAGGGGCGGCGGCUCCGACCGUGACCUGAAAACGGCCUCCUCCAGCAACACGUCCCCGGAGGGUGGACCUCCGCCACCGCUGCACCAGAACCGUAUACGGCAGUCCGACAGUAACACCAGUUUCCUGCGGGCUGCCAGAGCGGGGAACAUCGACAAAGUCCUUGAAUUCCUGAAGAAUGGAGUAGACAUCAGCACCUGUAAUCAGAAUGGGCUCAAUGCAUUACAUCUGGCAGCUAAGGAGGGACACAAGGAUUUAGUGGAGGAACUGCUACAGAGAGGAGCUCCCGUUGACUCUUCCACAAAGAAAGGAAACACUGCCCUCCAUAUUGCCUCACUGGCUGGACAAAAAGAGGUAGUCAGACUGUUGGUGAACAGAGGAGCAGAUGUCAAUUCUCAGUCACAGAAUGGCUUCACCCCACUCUACAUGGCAGCGCAGGAGAAUCACUUGGAGGUGGUGCGAUACCUAUUGGAAAACGAAGGGAACCAAAGCAUUGCAACAGAAGAUGGCUUCACACCACUUGCUAUCGCGCUCCAGCAGGGCCACAACUCUGUUGUCUCCCUGCUGCUGGAACACGACACCAAGGGUAAAGUCCGCUUACCGGCUCUGCACAUUGCAGCCCGCAAAGACGACACCAAGAGCGCUGCACUUCUGCUCCAGAACGACCACAAUGCUGACGUCCAGUCUAAGAUGAUGGUCAAUAGAACCACAGAGAGUGGGUUCACCCCUCUGCACAUCGCAGCUCACUAUGGUAACGUGAAUGUCUCCACCCUGUUGCUGAACAGAGGAGCUGCUGUCGACUUCACAGCUAGGAAUGGAAUAACACCUCUUCAUGUGGCCUCCAAGAGAGGCAACACCAACAUGGUGGCCCUGUUGUUGGAUCGCGGGGGUCAGAUAGAUGCCAAAACCAGGGAUGGUCUGACGCCGCUGCACUGUGCAGCCAGGAGCGGACAUGACCCAGCAGUGGAAAUUCUACUGGAGAGAGGAGCGCCCAUCCUAGCCAGGACCAAGAACGGACUGUCCCCGCUGCACAUGUCGGCCCAGGGAGACCACAUAGAGUGCGUGAAACUGCUGCUGCAACACAAGGCGCCUGUUGAUGAUGUCACGCUCGACUACCUCACGGCGCUGCACGUCGCAGCUCACUGUGGCCACUACAGAGUCACCAAGCUGCUCCUGGACAAGAAGGCCAAUCCCAAUGCAAGAGCACUGAAUGGUUUUACUCCUCUCCACAUCGCUUGUAAGAAGAACAGAGUGAAGGUGAUGGAGCUGCUCGUCAAAUACGGCGCCUCAAUCCAGGCAAUUACUGAGUCUGGUCUGACUCCCAUCCAUGUAGCGGCUUUCAUGGGUCACCUCAACAUUGUUCUACUUCUGCUGCAGAACGGAGCCUCUCCGGAUGUCCGUAACAUUCGUGGUGAGACAGCUCUCCACAUGGCAGCACGGGCAGGUCAGAUGGAAGUGGUUCGCUGUUUGCUAAGAAACGGAGCAUUGGUGGAUGCCAUGGCCAGGGAGGACCAGACUCCCCUCCACAUUGCAUCCCGUUUGGGUAAAACAGAUAUUGUCCAGCUACUCCUACAGCACAUGGCCCACCCGGAUGCUGCCACCACCAACGGCUACACACCUCUCCACAUUUCGGCCAGAGAGGGCCAACUGGAGACUGCUGCCGUGCUCCUAGAGGCCGGAGCCUCACACUCAAUGGCCACCAAGAAAGGAUUCACUCCAUUACAUGUAGCAGCAAAAUAUGGAAGCCUUGAUGUAGCAAAACUUCUUCUUCAACGCAAAGCUAUUCCUGAUGAUGCUGGCAAGAAUGGCUUAACUCCACUACAUGUGGCAGCUCAUUAUGACAACCAAGAGGUGGCUCUGUUGCUGCUGGACAAAGGAGCAUCACCUCAUGCCACUGCAAAGAAUGGCUACACUCCUCUGCACAUUGCAGCCAAAAAGAACCAGACGAACAUUGCUUUAGCGCUGCUGCAGUACGGAGCAGAGACCAAUGUUCUGACCAAGCAGGGAGUCAGCCCUCUACACCUGGCAGCCCAGGAAGGACACGCUGAGAUGGCCAGCCUGCUGCUUGGCAAAGGAGCGCAUGUCAACACUGCCACCAAGACCGGACUGACUCCUCUGCAUCUCGCAGCCCAAGAGGACAGAGUCAGUGCAGCAGAAGUACUGGCCAAGCACGAUGCCAACUUGGACCAACAGACUAAACUCGGAUAUACCCCCCUGAUUGUGGCCUGUCAUUAUGGAAAUGUCAAGAUGGUUAACUUCCUAUUGCAGCAAGGUGCCAGCGUCAACACCAAAACCAAGAACGGUUACACACCCCUUCACCAGGCAGCACAACAAGGAAACACACACAUUAUCAAUGUUUUGCUGCAACAUGGGGCCAAGCCCAACGCUACUACAGUGAAUGGAAACACCGCUCUGUCGAUUGCCAGACGUCUGGGUUACAUCUCUGUGGUGGACACGCUGAAAGUCGUCACUGAGGAGGUCAUCACCACCACAACGACGGUGACGGAGAAACACAAGCUCAAUGUUCCGGAGACUAUGACUGAGAUCCUGGAUGUCUCUGAUGAAGAAGGCGAGGACACUAUGACGGGUGACGGAGGAGAGUAUCUGAGAGCAGAAGACCUCCGUGAGCUGGGAGAUGAUUCUCUACCAGGACACUAUCUGGACAGCUUCAGCUAUAUGAGCCACAACCUGGACAGACACUCAGAAAAUCUGCCUUGGUUUUCCAACAGGCCCCAGCACACUCCCAUUCACCAAAGUUUCCAUCAGAGAGAUGGGGUUCUCAUUGAAGACAUGUUCACAAGCCACCAGGUGUCAGCCCUGUCUAGAGAGCAUGAAAAGGACUCGUACCGUCUGAGCUGGGGCGCCGAACACCUUGAUAAUGUCAUGCUGUCCAGCAGUCUGCUACACUCUGGCUUCCUGGUCAGCUUCAUGGUAGAUGCCAGAGGCGGAGCUAUGCGUGGAUGUCGUCACAAUGGCCUUCGGAUCAUUGUGCCGCCAAGAAAGUGUUCUGCACCCACACGGGUGACAUGCAGACUGGUGAAGAGACAUCGUUUGGCCUCUAUGCCCCCCAUGGUGGAGGGUGAAGGGCUGGCCGGUCGCAUCAUAGAAGUGGGACCCACCGGAGCCCAGUUCCUGGGUAAGCUCCACCUUCCUACAGCUCCACCCCCUCUGAAUGAGGGUGAGAGCCUGGUCAGUCGCAUCCUGCAGCUGGGUCCUCCAGGAACCAAGUUCCUCGGGCCUGUGAUUGUAGAGAUUCCUCAUUUUGCUGCUCUGAGGGGCACAGAGAGAGAGUUGGUGAUCCUGAGGAGUGAAACAGGGGAAAGCUGGAAGGAACACCAUUGUGACUUCACCGAAGAGGAGCUGAACCAGAUACUAAAUGGCAUGGAUGAAAAACUUGACUCUCCUGAGGAGCUUGAGAAGAAAAGAAUAUGCCGCAUCAUCACCAGAGACUUCCCACAGUAUUUUGCUGUGGUGUCCAGGAUAAAGCAGGACAGUCAUUUGAUUGGUCCAGAGGGUGGAGUCCUCAGUAGUACUCUUGUGCCCCAGGUCCAGGCUGUCUUCCCUGAAGGUGCCCUGACUAAGAAGAUUAGAGUUGGGCUACAGGCUCAGCCCAUCGAUGUUGAAAUGGUGAGAAAGAUUCUUGGUAACAAAGCUACGUUCAGCCCUAUCGUCACUCUGGAGCCAAGAAGGAGGAAGUUCCACAAACCAAUCACAAUGACAAUCCCUAUUCCAAAGAGCUCAAACAGUGACGGGCCGAGUGCAGUGUUCAGUGGGGAGACCCCGACUUUACGUUUGCUUUGCAGCAUUACAGGUGGGACCACUCCAGCCCAAUGGGAGGACAUCACCGGCUCCACACCGCUCACCUUCGUUAACCAAUGUGUUUCCUUCACCACAAAUGUAUCAGCAAGGUUCUGGCUGAUAGACUGCAGACAGAUCCAGGAGUCUGUUAGUUUUGGCUCUCAGCUGUACAGAGAAAUCAUCUGUGUCCCAUACAUGGCUAAGUUUGUCAUUUUUGCCAAGACACUGGACCCCAUCGAGGCACGUCUGCGCUGUUUCUGUAUGACAGAUGACAAAAUGGACAAAACCUUAGAGCAGCAGGAGAACUUCACUGAAGUUGCCCGCAGCCGAGAUGUUGAGGUGCUGGAGGGAAAACCUAUAUUUGCUGACUGCUUUGGAAACCUGGUGCCUCUUACGAAGAGUGGACAGCACCAUGUGUUCAGCUUCUUUGCCUUCAAAGAGAACAGACUGGCCCUCUUCAUUAAAAUCAGAGACACAGCACAGGAGCCAUGUGGUCGAUUGUCCUUCACAAAGGAACCUCGCACAUACCGCAGUCUUAACCACAAUGCUAUCUGCAACCUUAACAUCACCCUGCCAACAUACUCAAAGGAGUCUGAUUCAGACCAAGAUGCAGACGAUGAGGUAAAUCAAAGCGAAAAGAAUGAUGAGUCUGAAUCAACUGAGACAUUCUCCCUGAGAACUAACCAACCUCUUGACCCUGCAACACUUGCAAGCCCAGACAUCCUCUCAGACAUGUCGGACAUCAAAAUAGCUGCAGUUUUUACUGCAGAUAUGUAUGAUGAGAGAGCUGGAGCUAGAGGAUUGGAGGAAAAAGAGUCUUUGGUCAUUGUGGAACAGAUCAAAGACAGGCUAGGAAGGGUUGGAGAAAUUCAAAAAGAUGGGGUGAACAACACUAGACAGAGGGCCCAGCAAGAUGAUGCUAAAAAAUUUUCUCGCUAUGAAGCAAAAGCUUUUGAAGAGUCAGUCUUACAGGAGACUUGCAGUGAGACAAAAAAUGUAAGUAGCUCAUACACUGAGGUCAGACAUAUGACAAGCUUGGUCUCACAGUUCAGCUUGGACAUGGAAGAAUGCCUGGAACCGAGACCUGUUGUGACAUUUGCUUCUCAAGAAGAUCUUGUCCAAGACAGGUCUGAACAGGGCAUUUUAAAGCGUGAUGGAAAACGUCGCCCGCCUGAUAUCAAGAAACCUAUUAGGAAGAAACUCAGAGACAGAGAGCGUUCUGCAUACAGCAGCUCUGAGGGAGAGCUGGAAAGGAUGAGUUCUGUGGAGUCUUUAGAUGGCGAUGCUAUUCUUAAUGGAAGUGGCUUUGUACCCACCCCAGUUAUGGAUCCGCCAGCUUCUCCUUUAGUGGUUGAGACACCUAUAGGAUCUAUAAAGGACAGAGUUAAAGCUUUACAGAACAAAGUUGAGGAAGAGGAGAUGCAAAAAAAUACUGAAAUUUUAACACAUGACGCAAAAUCUUCUGUCUCUACGAAGAAGACAGAGGAAGUCAUGCCAGAACUCCCCAGGCUUCCUAGGUCCCCUAAAUCUCAGACAGAAAGACUGGAAGAGACUAUGUCUGUGAAGGAUCUGAUGAAAGCAUUCCAAACUGGGCAAGACCCAUCAAAAAAUGGUGCCUUUGUGGCAAAGACAGUAACAUUUGCUGAGACAGCUCAGUCUGAUUCUGGACGUAUCAGCCCACAGAGAGAGAUGGCAGAGUUGUCAAAGAAGCAGACAGUGUCUGUUAAGGAGCUGAUGAAAACAUUCCAGAAUGGACAGGAUCCCUCAAAAUCUACACUGGAACUUUUUGACCAUAAAAUCAGCCCUGAUCGCAGACCUUCAGAGGACUUCAGUGCAGACAUAAAGGCUGAGCUGGAGGAAAGUCCUGAGUAUCAGCUGUUCAAGAAGUCAUCAGCAGCUGCAGAUAUCCGUAGUUAUAGCACACCACAAAGACCAUCUGAUUUGGAGAACCUAAACACUGUUGGAUCUGAAGACCCAAUCAAAGAGCCAUGUCAUCGAGAUUCACUAGAGGCAAGUCCUCUCAUGGAGGAUAGAUCUUCAAAUAAAUCCCCUGAUUCAAUUGAGCCAAGCCCUACCAAAGAAUCCCCUUGUCCAGACUCUCUUGAGGGAAGUCCUACUCAACCAAAGAGCACAGAUCUUCAGAUGCUAGCCAAGACAGCUGUGUAUGAGGAUUAUGCUUCCCAGCUCAAAGCAUGUUUGGCUGAUGACAAAAAUAUUUACACAGAUGAAUGUGAGCAUGAUGAGCAAGAACACAAUGUUGAGAUCAUCCAAAUGCAAGACUCUCUCAACAGAGAUGAUAAUGGGGACGGAACCACCAAUAAGCAGUUCACUCCAGAAGAGGAGAUGUUUAAAAUGGCUGCAAAGAUCAAAACAUUUGAGGAAAUAGAACAGGAAUCUAAAAUGAAGACAGAUGCAACUGCACGAUCAGAGACAGGUGAUCUUGAAGAUGGCGAACGAGAUCUAAGAUUUGGCCCAAAAAAGGACUAUUCAGAUGAUGACAAAGAAGUGGACUCACCACUGAUGGAUGGUUCAUGUUCUAUCAGCAAACCGGGGGCUAUAGCAUCUACUAAUGAACUAGACUAUGUUAUAGGAUGUGAGGAUAACAACGCACAGGUUAAAGCAGAGGAACAAAUGAAUCGUAGUCCUGUAGAUGACAGAAAAACACCUGAUAAAACACCUAUUCGAACACCAGGUGAUGAGAAAUCCCCUGAUCCAUUUCAGUUUCAAGAGGGGAAGCUUUUUGAAAUGACCAGAGGCGGAGCUAUUGAUAUGACAAGGAGAAGCUUUGACGAAGAGGUGGAUGGAUAUGCAUUUUUUCACAUUGGGGAACAUCCAGUUGAUGAAGUUGUUCCAGAAGAGACUGAAGAAUUCCAUACACAAUCGUUACGUUUACAAAGUGGGAAUUCAGAUUCAGACACAACUCUUCAAGAGACCCCAAAAUCACAUGUGAAAGAGGAUAUCAGUGACGAAAUUCCUCGUCCCAAACCCAGGACUCUCAUCAAAAUGUCAAAUGAUAAGUCAGAGCCUGAAAAGCCACUUACUAAUCUUGGCAGCCUCACAGACGUUCAGCUUGAUGCUGCCAGUGCUUUGGAAAAUCUAACAAAUGUUAAAACUGAAGCUGAAAGCCUUAAAAGCCUUGGACUAGACUAUUUAGACUCCACCAUUGCUGACCUUCAGUCAGACACAUCCACAUUUGGCCAUUCUGCGUAUGCAGAGCAGAGCCAAGAUUUCUCAGACUCCUCUCCUGAUGAUGAUGAUGAUGAUGAUGAGGUGGAGGAAGAUGAAGAAGACCAGUGUUCAGUCAUAGAGAUGACUAUUUCAGCUGCACAGCCUGACAUUCCAGCAACUCAAAUGAUCUCCUCGAGCUCUUCCCCAAUGGAAGACAUCCAACUGUCCACGACUAUAGAAACAUCUGUUAGGUCCUCUUUGGAUACUGAUGAUGCAAGUAGCGCUAGUCACAGGAGUCCAGAUUCUGUUAUGUUCACAUAUGAAACUCCAGCGUCACACAGUUCCGAUUCUGAUAGUAAUCUGUUGCCAGUUGUGCAUCCAUCUUGUGGGACAGAGGAUGUAUUUGAAUCCAGGCCUGCCUGGGAUGACACAGUGGAAACUCAGAUGCAGAGAGUCAUCGAUGAUCAAACUCCAGAGUUUGAUUGGCAGGAUGAUGCUGACAGGAAAGAGGAAACAUUAGCUAUCAUUGCAGAUCUUCUUGGCUUCAGCUGGACUGAACUGGCAAGAGAACUUGAAUUCAGUGAGGAUGAUAUUCAACUAGUAAGAACAGAGAAUCCCAAUUCUCUCCAAGAGCAGAGCCAUGCCUUGCUGCAGCGGUGGGUUGAGCGGGAAGGCAAACAUGCUACAGAGGACUGUCUGAUUAAAAGACUUACCAAGAUCAACCGCAUGGACAUUGUCCAUCUAAUUGAAACCCAGAUGAACAAGUCAGUUCAGGAGCAAACAUCAAGAACUUACGCAGAGAUAGAGAAGACACUGGAUCACAGUGAAGUAUCAGUAGCCCUAUCUUCGGUGCAAGAGGAUGUAGACAGCCCCAGAAUCGUGAGAAAAGUGGAGUCAGACCGUAGACCACCUCCAGCUGUUUCUGAAGAAGACCUAUCUGUUGCUUCCCUACUGGAUAUUCCUUCAUGGGCAGAGCCUGUUGGACACACACCCUCAGAGAGCAUGCAUGGUGACCUACUGGAGGAGCUUGAGAUCCCACAUGAAUUGAACCCUAACCUGUGGACCUCUGAGGAUGUUAUUAUACAAGAACCUGCAAUUUACGACAACUCAGAUGAGCAAGUAAGUACGCUACGCACUUCAAAAGAAGCAGCACUGGGGAGGCAAGCAACUCAGGUUUAUGACCCCAGAGUGAAAGACCAGCAAGUAUGCUGCAAUGUUGAAGCUCAUAUCGUCAGGUCUUUCCAAGUUGGCACUCAAGUCAAAGCUGAAUGCAGCCAAACCUUAUCAUUGAAGCAGUGUGGUUGUGAAGAUGAUCAAGGCCAGUCACCUGAAAUUGUGAAGUUACACUCAUCUGUAUAUAUCAGAGACUUUAGUCUGAGCCUGUCAGAGUCAGACAAAGCAGAGACUGACUUCAGUGAGCUUUGUGAUGAGCUAAGCUGUACACCACAGCAUUGCAAUACAGAUGCAGGUAAAACCAUUGCCAGAAGAAUCUAUGAUCCUAGCCUCUUAGCCUUGGCACCAGAGGACCACCAUCACACUCUGGCCUUGACUGAAGAUGACACAGGUGUAGCCCAAAAAACCAGGCUCUCUCAGACGUUUACUGAUGAAGUACCAGCCCAAUUCUACUGUACUGUACUGUAUGAUCAUGAACAAAUCCCACAGAUUUCAAGUGUGGGCACAGGAUUCAAACCCUUCAUGUCAAGCAAGGAAGAAAACACAAAACCCAAAGUAUACAGUGAUGGGUAUCCUGAAAACAUGGCCUUCAUUGAUGAUAAUGAUAUCCAGUCAGUAGAGCCCAUUGUUGCUCCUGCUACGUACAGCAUGGUGAAACCAAUGAAGUUAUCAAAGAACAUUUUACCAUACAAUCUGAAAUCAAGUGGGCCUGCUCACAUG